AUGGACCACACAUCCAGCUCAUCGCCAUCUGGCAUGGCCGAGCGAGCUAGGAUGGUGGAAGAUGACGAUCGAUCAUGGAGUGACAAAGACAGCGUGAAGGCCAGUGGGCGGGAGGAGGCCGAGGGUACAGCAGCGUCGAGGCACGAAGACCCCGUUGCUGCCCUCAAAAGGCGCCUCUCGGAGUGGGGUGAGUCUAGUGUCCAUCACAGCCAGCCUUAUGAAGAGGGUGAAGAAUACGAAAUGCUUCUAGAUCCCAAUCUACCCGAGGAAGACGAAAGGCAGCUCCGAAGCCUGUCCCUUGACGAUCCAAUGAGAGGCGAAUCCGACUCCGAGGCCAACCUGAAAGUGCUCGAUGAUGUCGAAGACUCACCGUACCCCGAGGUACGAGCCGCUGUGCGCAAUUACGAUGAAGACCUACCUUGUAAUACAGUCCGCGCGUGGACCAUCGGGUUGUUUUUGGUCGUAAUUGGUGCGUCCAUGAAUACACUGUUCUCGCUGAGGAGUCCAUCGAUCGGGUUGGGUGCGCUUAUCGCCCAGAUCAUUGCUUGGCCCAUCGGGCAAGGCUGGGCCAAGUUCAUGCCAACCAAGCGGUAUACGUGGCCAUUGAUUGGAACAUGGAGCUUGAAUCCUGGACCGUUCAAUAUCAAGGAGCAUUCGAUCAUCGUGGUCAUGGCAAGUGUCUCAUUCUCGGUUGCCUAUGCCACCGACAUCAUUUUAGCUCAGGUCGUUUUCUACAAACAGAACUUUGGCAUAGCCUGGCAAUUGCUACUCACCAUUUCUACACAAAGCCUGGGAUACGGUAUUGCUGGUAUGAUGAGGAAGUUCCUUGUCUACCCGGCCUCCAUGAUCUGGCCAGGAAACCUUGUGUCAGUCGUGCUCAUGAACGCCAUGUACGAGAAGCAUGCUCCCCCAGACCCGACGGUCAUCGGUGGAAACAUGCCAAGAUAUAGGUGGUUCGGUUUUGUCACCCUCGGCGCCUUCGUGUACUACUUCAUCCCUGGGUUUCUGGCUCAGUUCCUCAGCGUGUUUGCUUUCCCUACUUGGCUGGCGCCGGACAACCCAGUGGUCAAUCAACUUUUUGGAGGAUCAACUGGCUUGUCUCUGUUGCCGAUCACGUUCGACUGGACUCAGAUUGCGGGUUUCGUUGGGUCCCCUCUUAUCCCCCCUUGGCACGCCAUUGCCAACACGCUCAUCGGCGUCGUCGUAUUCUUCCUGUUCCUCACCUCACUGUUCCACUAUAGUGGCGUAUGGUACUCCCAGUUCCUGCCAAUAAGCGAUUCAGGAACAUAUGACAACACCGGGUCGGCCUACAACGUAUCACGAAUCUUGACUCCUGAAUUCAGGUUAAACGAGGAGGCGUACAAGAAUUAUUCUCCUCUCUUCCUUAGCACGACCUUCGCCAUGUCAUACGGCCUAUCAUUCGCGGCGAUCGCUUCGUUGAUCGUCUACACUUACCUCCACCACAGCAAGUCUAUAUGGCGCCAGUACCAGAACAGCACGUCGGAGAAGCCUGAUAUCCACAUGAAACUAAUGAGAAAAUAUAAGGAGGCUCCUACUUGGUGGUAUAUGAGUCUCUUCGCAAUUAUGUUGGGGCUAGGGUUUGUCACCGUGCUGGCAUACCCUACCAACCUCACCUGGUGGUCAUUCCUCUUGGCCGUCGCUAUCUCCUUCAUGUUCGCACUGCCCAUCGGUAUCAUACAAGCCGUCACGAACAACCAGAUCGGGUUGAAUGUUUUGACCGAGUUUGUGUACGGCUAUAUUCAGCCUGGCCGGCCUUUGGCCCUCAUGAUCUUCAAGACCUUUGGAUACAUUACCAUGUCCCAGGCGCUGAGCUUUGUUUCGGACCUCAAGUUCGGCCACUACAUGAAGAUCCCACCGCGCACUAUGUUCAUGUGCCAAGUGGUAGCAACGACAUUUUCAUGCUUUAUACAAAUUGGCGUCUUGAAUUUCGCACUCAACAACAUCGACGGGGUGUGCACCACUACUCAACCGAACCGCUUCACGUGCCCCGGUGGUAAAGUGUUCUUCUCCGCCUCCGUGAUCUGGGGUCUCAUCGGUCCUGCCAAGAUCUUCUCUCCAGGGCAGAUAUACUCGGGACUAUUCAUCUUCUUCGGCGUUGGCGCCGUCGUCCCCGUGAUUAUCUACUUCGCGGCGCGAAGAUGGCCCAAGUCAGCCCUCAAGUACAUGAUGGCGCCUGUGAUUUUUGGAGGCGCGGGAUCCAUUCCCCCUGCGUCGCCCCUCAACUACUUGUCGUGGGGCAUCGUCGGCUUCGUGUUCCAGUACCUGAUCAAGAAGCGCCACUUCAACUGGUGGAGCCGGCUGAACUUCCUGACAUCCUCGGGCCUGGAUCUUGGUCUCGCGCUCUCUACUCUGGUCAUCUUUUUCGCGUUCACCUUAAAUGAGAUCGACCCGCCCAACUGGUGGGGCAAUCAGGUGAUCACGACUACGAUGGACUUUAAGGACACCGCCAUCCAGACGGUACUGCCGCCAGGCGAAACGUUUGGGCCGGCGGUCUGGUAG